AUGCGGCUUACGACUGAGAGAUGUCCGCACAAUCCUCCGACGUUCAUAGUGGCAACCAGCUCCGCCAACCGUCGACGACCGGACUGGACGAUGAGCACUGCCUCCACACCUCUUGACCGAGGCUCUCAUGCUGCCUCCGCGUCAUCCUUCGCGCCACGCUUCUCUCGCUAGCCACGACAACUCCUCCCCGCGAAACCCUGCCCUUCGAGGUGCGACAACUGCCUUUGCACAACCCAAGCCCAGCCUAGAAUGGAAGAGUGAGGAGUCGAGUACGGGGUUGGGAACAUCCGGAGCCUUAGCGGCAGCGUCUACUGCAGGCACAGGCACAAAGCCGUCACAUUCCGCACAAUGGCUGCCUACUUCCGAUGGCUCUUCACUUCAGCGUAGUGUCACCUCCGCGAGCACCGCUUCUUCGCAAAGCACCCAUAGCCUCUCUACCAGACGCAACCAGGCAUUGUAUCGAACAAACACUACACACAUGGAUCUUCCGGUACCUCCGAGGCGCGAGCUGUCGAGAUCCCCUUCACACCAAGCUGCUAUGGUCGCAGCCGCCCAGGCAUCAGCAUCUCUACUGAACAGCAACGAUGGUCCGCGGCGCGCCGCAACUACAAAACGCCCGGCCGCACCUCCGAAGCCGAGAAGGCUGUCCUCCUACCAUAGCAGCGGCAAUGCAAAAGAUGCCGGUGGAAAGUCGACUGAUGCUUCAUCAAUCGCCCCGACUACCUCCUUGGUGGAUAUGUUUGAACGGAAGAACGCGUCAGCGAAGCUUGCGGGCAAGAAGCCAGCCCCAAUCGUCGUCAAGCCAAGUGGUGACCUAGCUUUGGCCUCCCCGAAACCACUUCGCGCGUCUAGUGGAAUUACAUCGAUGAUCCAGAUGCAAGUCGAUGAUGGCCAAAACCCGCUCAGCUCGGCGGGCAACGACUCCCGUCGUGGUACUCCCAGCCGACUUGCAAACCAUGCGGAUUCCUCGAACUCGACUUCACACGCCGCUCAGCGUGAGAAUAGGUCGACGUCGCAAGCAAGGCCGCCCUCGCCCGGAGUGACAAAGAUGGAUUCCAUAGAUCUAAAGCCGCCUCAGCGAGCUCGAUCGGAUCCCGACGCGAAUUUGGAGCCGGUCAAAUCUUCAGACAGUCAGCCCCCCCGGAUAUAUGCGUCUCCGGCGCCUACAUUGACCCCGUCGCUGCCGGCACAGUACCAUCGACUGCAUCCCCGCAGGCCAACGCCCAACAUGAGCGAUGAUCAGCUGGUGAGCGCAAUGGUCGCAUCAAGUCUGGCCUCAUCGCGACAGCAUUCGCCUGCACGGGGGUUAGAACCGCCGCCCUUGCCAAGUCGACGGCACAAGUAUACUGGCCUCGCUCUAUCGAGGACACCCAGCCCUUCGAAGCCUCCCGCACUGAAGAAGACGCUGCGUGCCACGCAAAGUGAUGACUCGGAGGAGGAGGAAGGCGAAGGCCUGUACCCCCACAGCAAGCGCAAAGUGCAGAAGCGGCUUCAUAAGCACCCCAACAAGCACCACGAAGGAGACCGCAAACGAUGGCGAGAAAUCGUGACCGAGCGCGAGAGGAAACGGUAUGAGGGCGUGUGGGCGGCGAACAAAGGCUUGCACUCCUCCUUCACGAUCAAAGAGCACGCCGUCGUGUCUCGCUCGCCCGACUCCCCGGCAGCGCGAGAUUUGAAGGAUGCGGUGAUGGAGCAGGUCUCCAACCUAGUGGUGCGAGAAAUUUGGUCGCGAUCACGACUGCAGGACAACGUGCUCGCGACGGUCUGGGAUUUGGUGGACGAACAUCAAGUAGGCCGCUUGAACAAAGAGGAGUUUGUGGUGGGCAUGUGGCUCAUCGAUGGACGACUGAAGGGCAAGAAGCUGCCGGUUAAGGUGUCGGACAGCGUCUGGAAGAGCGUGAAGGGGCUACACGGGAUCAAGAUCGCGAAAUGAUUUGGCGCUGGGAGUUGGAAAGGAAAGGUGGACGAUAGAUGGGUCUUUUGGUCCUCGCGAAAAGAUACCCAAGGGCUCUCGAGGCUGGCUGAAUUAAUUACGCGAAUGCGAGCAAAAUGACUAAAGCUACAACGACUGCCUCAAGUCUCAUGUCCAGCAUUGGUCGACCAACCUUCGACCUAUAUAAGCUGCACUUCCUGUACUUGGUUCCACUUGGAGCGCAUGUUGAU